CUUAUUUAUUUUAUUUUUCCUUUGUGCUAAACACCUUAAUUUAAACGAUAGGUUGCGUUUCAUAGAUUAGGAUUACGCUGUGUUCUUCUUCUUCCGUCGAGCUCUUCACUUCCGACUUUACCACCUAGCAAAACACACCCUCUCCUUCCCGUAACGCCUCAUAACUUCUGUAAUUCGUCAUUUAAUUCCAGUUUUCCCGUCAUUCUCCCACUCCUCCUUCAUUGAGAUUUCAACAGGCCUUUUCGUUUGCUCCGAAACUGCCAAAAUCCCCACCUAUAUAUAUCUCACCUUCUUAUUAUGCAAACUACAACUCGAACCAAAUCCGGAAACAUCCGAUUUCCAAGCAACCGAUUACGAUGGCUAAUUCAUACACUGUUCUUGCUGAUUUGAGAGCCGGAAGAUGUUCCAACACGGCGGAGUCGACGAUGAUCCAAGGGUGUCUCCUGCGGCUGUACAACUUACGUUUAGGGGUCGUUUAACCGAAGGCUCUGUGUACACCUUAAGUGGGUUCGAUGUGACUCGCAGCAACCCUAAAUUCAAGCUUACCGAUGGGCCUGUUGCCAUUCGUUUCAAUGAGGGGACUGAGUUUGAGAAGCUAGCAACCACUACGAGGAUGAUACCGACCGAACAUUUCCGCUUCCGAACAUAUGAACAGAUACGUGAGCUCGCAAAUACCGGGAAACAACUUCCGGACGUUAUGGGUGAGCUUCGGGCUAUAAGGAGCACAAUAACUGACUGUCUACCUGGGGCACAGCGUGUUAUGCUUAAUUUACGCCUGGAUGGGGGUGUAAACGUCUGUGUAAGCAUGUUUGAUUCUUUGGCUCUUGCAUUUCAUAGCAAGUUUGAUGGAUACGGUAGAGAGCCAAUGAUUGUUCUGGUGACUGCCAUCAAUCCGAAGAUAGUUUCCGGCAAUUUGUAUCUGAAUGGGACUUCUGCCACACGUGUGUUCUUUGAUUGUGAGACUACUGUCGGAGCGGAAGCAUUUAAUCGAUUGCCCGGUGGUGGGACAGACCAGGGAGAGUCUUCAACAAAGGUGGUUCAUGCACAAAAGAUCGAGCCACUCACCAUUGCUGAGCUAAACAAAUUUGUUUUAACUGGUGAUCCUCAGAUCAUUGAGUUUCUUUGUACUGCCAAAGUAACCGAGGUGAAGCAAGAUGAGGGAUGGUGUUAUAUUGGCUGCUCUGUUUGUUCAAAGAAACUCAACCGCGAAGAAUCUUCGUUCACAUGCGUCUCAUGCAAUCAAACAAAUGCUGUGGCUGAACUGAGGUAUCGGGUGGUUUUUUCUGUGUCAGACGCCACUGGCAUUGCGGGUUUUGUUGGCUUUGAUAAGGAGGUUGCUAAACUGACUCAUGUUUUGGCAUCGGAAGCCGCUCAGAUUGUGGGGAUUGGUGUUAAUGCUGAGGUUGACACUGAGCUACCUCGAUCACUAGCUGAUAUUGUUGGGAACAUCUACACUUUCCAGCUCAAACUAAAAGACUUCAAUUUCACUGCAAAUCACCAAACCUUUACUGUUUCUCGCAUCUUUCCUGCACGGGAACUUGCACCCAUCCCAAACUUUGCUGAAGGUGCUGAGGCUCCUGAACCAGCGAUUCCUCCAACUGUUGUACCAGGGCAAGCCACCACCUCCACUGGUCUACCAGGGGUUGAAUCAGCAGGCGAAGGAGUUGAUGGCGAAGGGAGUGCUCCGAAGAAACCACGUGUGGAAUGAGCCUUAUCUUGAAAGCGAACAACCAUUUUCCAUUUAAUGUUUUAAGCAAUCUGGUCUUUUCUCUUUUUUUUUGUUGCUUAAGUACGGUCUAUCUUUCCUGCUGUGUUGUUUUUAAAAAUACUUUGUCCUGGUUG